CGUGUCCCCCAGGUGUCCCCCGUGCCCAUGGAGCUGCUGUUCGGGCGCCGGAAGACGCCGGAGGAGCUGCUGCGGCAGAACCAGCGGGCGCUGGGCAGGGCCGUGCGGGAGCUCGACCGCGAGCGGCAGAAACUCGAGGCGCAGGAGAAGAAAAUCAUCGUGGACAUCAAGAAAAUGGCCAAGCAGGGGCAGAUGGACGCCGUCCGGGUGAUGGCCAAGGACCUGGUCCGGACCCGCCGCUACAUCCGCAAGUUCAUCACCAUGAGGGCGAACGUCCAGGGCGUGUCCCUGAAGAUCCAGACCCUCAAAUCCAACAGCUCCAUGGCCACGGCCAUGCGCGGCGUCACCAAGGCCAUGGCCACCAUGAACAGACAGCUGAAGCUGCCCCAGAUCCAGAAGAUCAUGCUGGAAUUCGAGCGCCAGGCCGAGCUCAUGGACAUGAAGGAGGAGCUGAUGAACGACGCCAUCGACGACGCCCUCGGGGACGAGGACGACGAGGAGGAGAGGUGGGGACACCCCGGGGGA